CAAGUUUAAUGAAGAUGCUGAAAACACAGGCUACUACGAAGAUUUUCUUGGUUAUCGAAAGCAAACACGCAACUAUCUGGGACAUGACUUCUUGGAGACUAUGUGGCUUUAUAACAGUGUUGGUCGCAAGACACUUAUUGAAGAAGGAAUUACCUUGGAGGAUGGUACCUUUGUGAAAGGUUUUCCUUCCUAUCCAGCAGACGCUACCAUCGUCCGCUUAACUCUUGAAAAUCUUCCAUUCCUCCCAGCCAUCCAGUUGAAAGAGGAAAUGGCUGCUCGUCUUUCGUGCUUUGGAGAAGUUCUAGAUCAUGGCAUCUCGAGAACUGAUGGCAUCUUUCAUGGUGAAGGGUAUGCUACCUUGAAUCUAA